GCUCGGGAAUACUUAUACCUUACAAUCAAUCAAUCAAUCCAACAUCCACCACUAAAUCCGGUGUCAAUUCCACCGCUAAAAGGCCGACGCCAGCUUUUCUCAAAUAUCCAUGUCGCCGUCGUAAUAGCAUAGCUCUCAAUAUAAGCGCUGCCAAUCAUACAGCCAACCGGCCGAAACACACCAUGGCGCCAAUACGACUCUCGGCGCCGUCGCCAUGCCGUCUCUCCACGAUUACAUCCCACAUAUCCUCCAGCACCUCCUCCCAGCGAAUACCCAGCACAACAACAACAAUAGCAGCAGCAGCAGCAGCAACAGCAGCAACAACAACAACAACAGCCCUCCGCGCCUUCAGCAGCACCCCCCCAACCCCCCGGCAAAAACCCUCCCACCUAACCGUGCCCGCGGACAAAGUCCCCGCAUACCCGUACGGCCGGUUCCGGACCUACAAGCAGGCCAACGAGGGCCUAUUCGCCGGCUCCAAGAUCCGCUUCGGCAACGUCGUCGCCCCGGACCACGGCAACAAGUCCCGCACCACCUGGCUGCCGAACCGGCACACCAAGCGCCUGUGGUCCCCGAGCCUGGGCGCCUUCGUGCGCACCCGCCUGACCACCGGCGUCCUCAAGACCGUCGACCGCCUCGGCGGCAUCGACGAGUACCUCCUCGGCUCCAAGGCCCGCCGCAUCAAGGACCUCGGCCCCGCCGGCUGGGCCCUCCGCUGGAAGAUCAUGCAGACCCCUGCUAUACGCGAGCGCUUCGCCCGCGAGCGCGCCGCCCUGGGUCUGCCGCCCAAGAAGGAAGAUGGCGGGGAGACGCUUCCCGGCGAGUUAGUUGCCGACGGCGUUACGUCUGAGGCUGUGCUGAGUGAGGUCGACGGUAUGCUAGAGCGCGGCGACGAGUUUGUCAUAGGGCCGGUAAAGGAUGGCGAGGACUUGAUCAUCAAGGAAGACGGAGAGGCGAUUGGAGAGGCUAGAGAGGCUAGAGAGGCUAGGGAGACUAGGGAGACUAGGGAGACUACUGAGGAUGUUGAGAAACCCAGCGGCGACAACAAGGCACCUGGGGCAUGAUACGGCUUAUUUUACUAGCUUCACGAAUUCAAGGGUGUUCAAAAGCUCAAGUGUCGCAAGGCGCAAAGGUGGAAAAACAAGAGACAAGAUACAAAAGAUAUGGCAUUGUACCGUGU